AUGGCUGACGAAGAAGAGCAAAUUUCUUCGGACGAUCAAAACACAGAUUUGACCGAUUACCAAACAAAUUUACCCCGGAGAAGUUACAAGUCAAUACCGGAUAGUUACAGUUACCGGCUGACACAUGACAUCAGUCUUGACAACUUCCAGAGCGCAGAUCUCUUCGAUCCUGAAAAUGAUCUCAAUCUACCGAUACACAAUGACUGCAGCUUUCUCAUCCAGAACAACACGCCCAUUACUGACUUGAAAAACAUCAGAGAAAGGCAUCAUUCCAACAGCAGUAGUGACAUAUUGCUGAAGGAGGAUAUGAUAGAGUUGGAUCUCUCCAAUACUAACGUCUUGUCCGAACAUCUCACCAACGAACAAGUAGACAAUGAGGGAGACACAGCUGCAACGACGCUACUCAACAUCAUGCAAUCAGAAGGCAGUAGGCGAAAUAGUCAGGUUGUUGUCAAGACUGAUGAUUCCGAUAACAGCUGCCGAAAUCAACGUCAGAAGAGAAAAACGAAGAGGAAAGGACGCAAGCUUCCUCAGAUGCCUCCGAGUAAACCGGGUAAUCUCCAAACAGAACUACUGCAGGCUGAUCGAGCGGUCAACUCCAACAGUUCUGCCCUGUCCUCCACCCCAUCCCCCGACAACAAUCUCUCGACCAGCUCCGUCCCACCAAGCCCUUCUGACAACUCAACUUUACCCAAUACCCCUGUAGAGCCGUAUGCGCUACAGCGACCCACACGCCUGGAGUUCAACACCACCAGCACGCACUACACGCCGUUCUUGACGAACACCAACAUGCUGCUGCAGGAGGACUCAAGUCCGGAGGAGAGACAGAUGAGGAGAUUGCGGCAGAAGGCGGAGAGCAAGACGAGAGAAGAAGAGGAAAAGACGGAAGGUAAGAAAGAAGAGGAGAGGCCUUGUUUCCAGCCAGCAACGCUAGUCAUCAACGGAGAAAUCAAGCAACAAUCGCACGUCGCUGUCUUCCGCUUCCUACCCCGUCACGAGGACGAGCUCGCCUUUGAGGUCCACGACCCUGUCUUUGUAGAGUACAAGUGUGAUGACCUGUGGUACGAGGGCAUCAAUUUGAAAACGGGUGACGAGGGCUGUUUUCCCGGUCAGUAUGUGCGAGAUUUUACGGCGGAUACGGAAUGUAUACCAGGGUUUCGAGGCCGGAAGGUUCACGUUAAUCGAUAUAUGGUAAAAUUCUUAGGCUCUGUCGAGGUGGCAUUCCACAAAGGCAAUGAUGUUCUUUGCCGCGCUAUGCAAAAGGUUGUUACUGCAAGAAGAUUAACGAUAGACAUCCACCCACCGACGUUAUGUUUACUGGAGAUCAGCGAUAUAGGAGUAAAAAUGGUCGACAAGACUAAACCACAAAAACUUAAAGAGAAAAGAGACUCCGUCCUAAAGAAGGUUGAGAAGUUGCUAGGCUCUAAACAAAGUAAAGGUCAUAAUUACUUCUUCUCAUUAAAGAACGUCUCGUUCUGUGGCUACCAUCCUUCCAGUAGUAGGUACUUUGGGUUUAUAACCAAACAUCCAUCAGAGAAGCGUCAUGCCUGCCAUGUCUUCAUCAUGGAGGAUGGGGUUUCAGCAAAACCCGUCGCUGAAGCCAUGGGGGCUGCUUUCAAAAGGUUCUACUCAGAGUUUCUUGACUUCACCGACCCCACUGAAGAUAUAUACAUGGAGUAAAGUUAGGAGUUAAGAUGUAAGUUUCAAACUGCCCGUGAACGUGGUUUUUCCCUCCGGCUGUUCAACGUGAAGAGGUGAGACAAAAUCCCACUGCUUCUCUGCUCCCGUUUGGUCGCUUCAUUGUCCUUCAAAAAGAUUCAAGAUAAUUUUGAGCAAGGCCCAUAAUUUCAUCUUUGAGAGGGCAAGGCCAUUUUAAUUUUGCAAAGGGCACUUCCAUUGGAAAAUCUUAAAGUCUAAGAGAAACCUUUGAAGGGGAACCAAGGCCAACAACAACAACAGCAGAUAAGAAAUUAGUCAGUUACACCUUAAGUAGAUAUACAGUUUUAAUUUUUGAAAUUGUAGAGUUACAAAUAAAAGUAUUAUUUAAAUGAUCCAUAGAUAAAGGCAUUAGUGUGAACAAUUAAGUUUAAAUCUCCCUUACUACCAGUUUUAUCUUGUAGUUUUAAAUAUCAAAACCUCAGACAGUUUUGCUAUUCCUAUUGGUGGAGAGCGCGUCACGUGGAUGUGUAUAAAGUGUAAAAAGUGUUGAAACAUUGGCGUGACACGCGAGUUUGCACCUGUACUUAUAGUUUUUUCAUUCCUAUUGAUCGAGAGCAACAGCCGGGACAGCUGUGCCACAUCACUCGAUACACACGACGCGCACAACAUUCCCUUAUAAGGAGUUGUUUACCCGAGGGCCUUACCAUUUCAUAGCUGGAGGGGUGUUGUGUU